AUGUCUUCCUCAAUGUCUGGGACGGGCCGAGGUGCAAUGGCGUCACCUUUACGCUCCUUCUUCGCACUGCUGAGACUUCUGGUGCUACUUAGCCUAGGCAUCACGUCACCGACGGUACACGGUAAGGGUAUCCGCGCUACCGUCGAGGCUUCAUGGAAUGAGACGUCAUUUUACCAGGAGGGCUGCGAGUGGGCCGCGCGCUCUUUCGGCGAUGAGGCUUUCUACAGCUGUCUUGAGGCCCUCUGGUCUCCGCCUUUGAAGGGAAACAAGGGUAGCGUGAACCCCGAGGAAGCGCGCGACGCGAUGAGCGCUCGCUUCCGCACGCAGCAACAGCAGUACAUGACACUUCUCGAGGUUCUCUUCGACCUCCCUGAAACGCGAGGCGCCAAUAGGGCUUUCUUUGAAGUAGAGAUGGCGGCACGCGUCUACUCACCGGCAGUGGAGGCGCACUAUGCCCUUACAGACAAGGCGCUACGCGAGACGACAUCGCCGCAGUACUUCUCAGAGAAGGCCUAUAGCGACGAAGAUAAACGUGGCAGCGGCAGCAGCUCAUCCUGUGGCGAUCCCUUCGCUGUGGUUUAUACCCGCACUGCUCCAGGUGCUCUAUUACAGGCGCUCCGCGUCGAAACACCUUCCGCCUUGAAGAGUGCAGUUGAUGGUGUGGGGAAGUCACACAGAGGCGCCUUGGUGUCCGUAGAUGAGGUGACUUUCGCGCGCUUUGAUCACCGUUACAUGUCUUCGUCACCGUCUGCUACUCGUGAAGUGCCGGCUGUGGUUGUUCUGUAUGGAUUGCUCGGCUCCGCUGCCACCCACGCGCUGCACCGCGCCGCCGUGGAGCUUUCAAGUCUUGCUGACGCUGCCAGUGCCAGUACCACCAGCGCGCCAGCUUAUUUCUGGCGUCAUCUGCCGGUGUCGGUGUCACGUCUGUGCGCUGCUGCUGGUGUCCCUGGGCGGUCAUUUGCGGCAGCGACGACGAGUAUGUGGGACAGUCCUUUGGUUGUACAGGGCUAUGGCGUUACCGUCGACAUCAAAAACAUGGAGUACAACGUGCUUGAUGAAAAAAAGGCCGCACAGCAGCGAUCCAAGGAGGAGAGCUUGGCGGCAACAGCUACAGGGUCUUUACAUGGUGCCACCAAUGCCGCGGCUGCGGCAAAGGAGGCACCAGAGACGCACGGGGGCCGCAUCGUUGGCGGCUUUCGCGUUGCCCGGCUGAAGGAGCGUUACCCGGGCUUGGCUGCCCUCCUCGACGAGUUUGCCACCCUCCUCGACGAGGAGGUCGGCAACGACGAUAUGAAGGUAGGCUUCGAUGUGUGGGAGUUACAGAAGAUCGGGCUGGCCGCGACGCAGUACAUUCUGGACGUGAAGAAUCACAGCCGUCGCUUGCACGUGCUCGAGGACAUGGUAAUGCGGUUCCCGACGUACGCCACGGCCCUCUCCCGCAUCGCUACACAGCCUGGACGACUGGUGGAGGUGCGAAAUACGUUGUCCAUUCUCCACCAGACCAUUAACCCAGGUCAAUCAGCGCUCUUUGUGGAUGGCUGGCGCGUGGAGGAGGAAGAGCUCAGCCUCUUUGGCGUCCUGCACGCGCUGCAUGAGGAAGAGCGGCUCAUUCGGUGCAUUAAAACGGUACUGACCACGCGCGCUGUUCCCGCCAAAGCUGAGGUGAGCUCAGAGGACGUGAAGCGCGAGGUUCGCACAGUGUCAUGGCUGCCCGCAAUGCUCGAGAAGGUUUCUGGGUACGUUAAGCAGGCGACUCGUCGCGCCAUCAGCACCCCGGAGAAUGGCGCCGACAUGGAAGUGGCCUACGCGAUUCCUGCGAAGCACACCAUCUGGAUCAACAACGUCGAGACAAGCCCGCAGCUUGAGGGGCUGUCAUCUGAGCUCUCCAUCUUCACCGCUACUGACGACAUCACACAGAUCCCACGCCGCAAUGUGCUGAACUAUGUCUUCUUGUGGAAUCCGGUCUCCAAGACGAGCCUGCAGAUGCUCUCCCUUCUGUUCCGCCACCGUCAGGAGGGCCUCAACGCCCGUUACGGACUUGCAGUGGUGGAUCCAACGUGGUCACCUGUAGUUGAAACAGGGGUGCAGAGCGAUGCCAGGGACUUCAAGGGAGAGCCUACCAGGUCGCAGGCCGCGCUUCAGGUAUUCGCUCUCGUGUAUCACCUUGCUGCGAUGGACGAGAAUGCUGUGCUGGCGUUUCUGGUGGAGUUGUUCCAGACGUCCAUGAAGAUCAAUACCGAUACGAUCCCUGACGCAGUGGUUUUUCGCGUUUGCAACAAGACCGCCGGUAGGCUGCUACGCACCAGUCUCGCUGAGCUGACAAGCAAGGCGGACUUUCUGACCUACUACCACGAGACGCAAGCGGUGCUGCGCCGCUUCCCUGUUCCCCAGUACCCCGCCACGUUCCUCAACGGUGUCCUGCUGGGCGACGACUUGGCCGGCAUGUCAGCCGCGCUCCGGAGGGAGUUGGCGCUGCUGCGGAGGUGGGUAUCAAGCAGGGUCCUGCGAGAUGAGAUGAAGGACAUGUACAACGCCAUUCUCAAGCAGCGAAACGCUGUGGACCACCUGCAGCCCGCACUGGUGCGUACCCCGGUGACGAUGCGGUGGUCCGACAGGCCGUCCACGGUGGCCUAUGUUGAGGGUAUGCCAUAUGUGUACAGUGCUGCGUACGCUGGAGACGUCCCGGCGCUAACCCAGCUGGUGACGUUGCCCUGCGAGCUCACCACUACGAUGCUGCAACAGGUGCUCACAGUGUUGAAAUCACUGGAGGAGUGCGGCGCUGUCUUGGAGGAGGACACCGUGACCCAUGAAGUGUGCAGAAGUCUGCGACUCUCACUGGUUUCGUGCCCAACUGCCACGUCUCUCGUUCAUCGCCACAUUGAAACGCUUCAGCAGCAGCUGACUCGCAGCCGUGCGCCAAAGGUAACAUGGCACACUGCACUGCGGCGGUACGUGUCGCAUGUUGUGGAAUCCGUGACGUCGACAAGUGUGGAUAUGAACGCUGUUCUUUGCACAGAGACAGUGCUCGCAGCGCUGACGGAGUCGCCACUCCCUGACGACUUGCAGACGUUGGUCGGUGUCUCCAGCAGCACCGGUGAAAAUACACCGCCACAGUGGGAUAGGGAACAGGUGCACUUUUGGACCGCCUUCGAGGACGCCUACAAGGGCAGUGCUGACAACGUCGCCCUCAUCACCAAUGGCCGCAUCGUUGCCAUGGAUACCAGCUUCAGCACUGCAGACGUUCUCACGGCAGCUCGGCUCGUGGAGCCGAUCACCAAGGCUGCCCUGCAUGUAGUAAUGAAUGUGAACUUUGCCGAGAUGAUAAGCGCCGCCGACGCCGGCUACACCGCGGAGGAGCUGGACACGAACUUUUUUGCUGGGAAAGCUGCCUGCCUGAGCAGCGUGUUUGGGGACGAGAUUUCGAGGCACAUGGCGAAGGAGAGCCUCUCCGAACCUGAACUGAUGCAGGAGGAGAACAUGGUGAGCUCUGCAAAGAGCUGGAAGAGGUUGCAAGGGGUCCUGUUCACGGUGCGCAACUUCCGUGCCGAAGGAGUUGCUUCGGACGACGCCGGGGAAGCUGAGGAAGAGUCCGUCACGGCAAGUGGUUUGCAGCCGCUGCACCGUGUCACGGCCGUCGUGGACCCUUCGUCGCGCGAUGCGCAGGUGAUCGUUUCGCUCGUUCACUACCUUGUCCAGUCCCAGCUGCAAGUUCACCUCACUGUUCUCCUAAACCCCUCACUAGAUGUCAAGUACCCGAUUCGAAACUUCUACCAGUACGUUGCGAGCCCCACUCUAGCGUUCGAGGAGACCUCUGGCCGUGUCAUCGUACCACCUGCCACCUUCACUCAGAUGCCGUCGUUGACGCUGCUCACCCUCGGCAUUGACGAGCCGCCGUCCUGGACCGUAUUCUCGCAAGAUGCCGAGGUGGACUUGGACAAUGUCAUGCUGUCGAGGCUACCUCGCGGCACUCUCUUUGCGACGGCGAUCUACCGCAUGCACUCAGUGCUGAUAACGGGUGACGCAACCCAUGUGCAGACGCGUGUCCCCACCGACGGUCUCCCUCUCUCCUUGCACUCUUCCUCUCGCGCAGGCGGCGCGCCAGAGGCAUCACCGACAGCGCGCAGCACUGACACGCAGGUGAUGGCGAACAAAGGUGGUUAUUACCAAUUGCAGGCGAACCCCGGACUCUGGUACCUCUCCAUCAAGGAGGGCCCCGUGGCAGCGGCCUACUGCAUCGAAGUGAUUGACGGCCACGCCGUGCUCGAGUGCGCUGGAGGAGGAAAGGGCUUGUCACUGACAAACUGGUCACAGGGCCAGCACAUCCCGCUUCUGAUCGACUCCUUCCUUGGCCGGUACGUGUCGCUGCGAGUGGGCCACACGCCAAACUCUGCGGUGACAGCCGAUCUGCACAGGAUUCUACAGCAGAUAGCGUCUGGUGUGGAACCCACAUGGCCUCCUUUUCGGAGCACGCACGACACACCGCCUGAGCGGCCAAGGAAACCAACGCUCAACAUCUUCUCUGUCGCCUCCGGUCACCUGUACGAGCGCUUUCUACGAAUGAUGAUGUACAGCGUACAUAACACGUCAAGCGACAAGUACGGCGCUAACACGACGCGCAUUAAGUUUUGGGUGAUUGAGAACUUUCUCUCCCCGCAGUUUAAGCGUUACAUCCCCCUCCUCGCAGAGCAGCUCGGGUUUGAGGUAAGCUUCGUGACGUACCGCUGGCCGUGGUGGCUGCCGCGACAGACCGAGAAGCAGCGCAAGAUCUGGGCCUACAAAAUUCUCUUCCUGGACGUGCUGUUCCCGCUCGACAUCGACCGGAUCAUCUUCGUCGACGCCGACCAGACCGUCCUGGCGGACCUGCACGAGCUGUACAACAUGAACAUAGGCAUCAACCCUGUCGCCAUGACGCCGUUCUGCCAAAAGUUCAAGAACAAUGCAACCGCGUCGUUCCGCUUCUGGGAGCAGGGCUUCUGGAAGAGCCACCUGGGCCGCAAGCCCUACCACAUCAGUGCCCUUUUCCUCAUCGACCUUCGCCGCUUUCGUGCAAUGCGUGCUGGCGACCAGUACCGUGGCACCUACGCCCAGCUAGCAGGCGAUCCUAACAGCUUGCAGAACCUCGACCAGGACCUGCCCAACUACUUGCAGAAUAUCAUUCCUAUCUUCUUCUUGCCGGAGGAGUGGCUCUGGUGCGAGACGUGGUGCAGCGAGACCAGCAAAUCGAGGGCCAAAACGAUUGACCUCUGCAACAACCCACUGACGAAGGUGCCCAAGCUGGAGAACGCCAAGGCAAUCAUUCCCGGGUGGGAGGAGCUGGACAACAAACUGCAAGGCUUAUCGGACAGUGUACUCGCUAGCUUGUGA